ACCUGUCAACGUCUUGGUUGAUUAACGUUAUUUAGCAUGGGUAUCGAUCUUAAGAACCACCACGUUAAGAACUCCAACCGCACUGCCCCCAAGUCUGACAAUGUCUACUUGGCUUUGUUGGUUAAGUUGUACCGCUUCCUUGCUCGUCGCACUGAUGCCAACUUCAACAAGGUUGUCUUGAAGCGUCUCUUUAUGUCCCGCGUCAACCGCCCCCCUGUCUCGGUCUCUCGCCUUGCCAAGUACGCUGCCACCAAGAGCGCCGCCAACAAGACCUUUGUCGUCGUUGGUACCAUCACUGAUGAUGUCCGCAUCUUGGACCUCCCCAAGCUCUCCAUUGCUGCCCUCCACUUCACCAAGACCGCCAAGGCUCGUAUCCUCAAGGCCGGUGGUGAGAUCCUCACUCUUGAUCAGCUUGCUCUCCGUGCCCCUACCGGUGCCAACACUGUCCUUAUCCGUGGUUCCAAGAACUCCCGUGAGGCCGUUAAGCACUUCGGCAUGGGUCCCCACAAGAACAAGAAGCCCUAUGUUCGCUCUGAGGGUCGCAAGUUCGAGCGCGCUCGUGGUAAGCGUGCCUCGCGUGGUUUCAAGGUCUAAGGAAACAUUAUGUCUACUUUCUUUUGAUUCUACAACCAAUAAACUUCUAGCCAGCAAUGGCAUUGUGACAUGUAUAAUAUAUAUUUUAAGAGUUUUGUUAUUUUGCUUUUUAUCGAUAUUUCUUAUUUGGGUCGUAAAAUUGGGUGAAUUGAGGGACUAAUGGGGUUUGAUUUGUGGG